AUGGAUUCCUUUAAAGGUGGGAUGAAUUUGGAAAGACUGCCAGAGAGUUUAAGACCCCAGCCUUCCCAUGACAUGGCUUCCAGCUUCCAUUUGCAAAGAUCUUCUGAAUCCAGAGAUCCGAUUGAGAAUUCAGCCAGUGAAUCGUCAGAUACAGAAGUCCCAGAAAAAGACCGGAGCGGCGAACAGAAGAGCGAAGAUGGAAACCCUGAUGAUCCGGCGAAGAAGAAGAAACAGAGGCGGCAAAGAACUCAUUUCACCAGCCAGCAGCUGCAGGAGCUGGAAGCCACUUUCCAGAGGAACCGCUACCCGGACAUGAGCAUGAGAGAGGAGAUUGCUGUGUGGACCAAUCUCACCGAGCCCAGAGUCAGGGUCUGGUUCAAAAACCGCCGAGCCAAGUGGAGAAAGCGGGAGCGCAACCAGCAGAUGGACCUGUGCAAGAACGGCUACGUGCCCCAGUUCAGCGGCCUCAUGCAGCCCUACGAUGACAUGUACGCCGGCUACCCCUACAACAACUGGGCCACCAAGAGCCUGACCCCGGCGCCGCUCUCCACCAAGAGCUUCACCUUCUUCAACUCCAUGAGCCCCCUGUCCUCGCAGUCCAUGUUCUCCGCCCCCAGCACCAUCUCCUCCAUGAGCAUGCCCUCCAGCAUGGGCCACUCGGCUGUGCCCGGCAUGGCCAACGCCAACCUCAACAACAUCAACAACCUCAGCAACAUCAGCGGCUCCUCCCUCAACUCCGCCAUGUCCUCCCCCGCCUGCCCCUACGGGCCGCCGGGCUCGCCCUACAGCGUGUACAGAGACACUUGCAACUCCAGCUUGGCCAGUCUCAGACUGAAAUCCAAGCAGCACUCCACUUUCGGGUACAGCAGUUUGCAAAGCCCAGGAUCUAGUCUAAACGCCUGUCAGUACAACAGCUGA